CUAUUGCAUGUUUUGCAACAUUAGUACAGCUGUUUUGAACUGUCAGAAGUUGUUGAACUGUAAAGAACUAAACCAUUAAAUAAACGUGGAAGGAAUUAAGUUUAAUAUUUGUAGGGUGUAUUGACUGCCUUUUUUACUAUCGUCACAUUAAAAUUAAAAUUAAUGUAACAGCUAGUACGUAACAUCAAUUGAAAGUGCAGCUAAUGUGAAUGACUCAGAUACAAACAAUUACAUGGAUUUAUAACGACUCUUCGUUUUUUAAAUAAUUGUUUAUCUAAAGAUAUCCUUAUAAGUAUUUAGUACGUUCUUAUUUCAAUUCAACAAAUGCUUGCUGAUAUGGCUAGUGUACCUUUAAGAAAGUAUAAGAAAGAGAAGAGUGAAGUAAGUGGCUGUUUAAAAUAUAUGAUUUUUGGAUUUAACGUUUUAUUUUGGUUGCUAGGUUUGGGAAUAUUAACUGUUGGUGUAUGGGCUUGGAGUGAAAAAGACAUUUUUAACAACCUUACAAAAGUUGCCAAUAUUGCUCUAGAUCCUGCAUUUAUUUUAAUGUGUAUAGGCACAAUAACAUUUAUUAUUGGUUUUACUGGCUGUGUGGGAGCAUUGAGAGAAAAUACUUGUUUACUGGCUGCUUAUGCCAUUUUCUUGUCAAUAUUGCUAUUACUAGAGAUGACCGUAGGCAUAUUAGGUUUUGUAUUCAAAGAUUGGAUAAAGUCUCAAGCAACUGCAGGGUUUCAGGCAUUCAUUAUUCACUAUAGAGAAGAUCCUGAUCAACAGAAUUUAAUUGACUGGAUUCAAGAAGAUUGGUUGCAGUGCUGUGGUAUAGAGGGUCCAAAAGAUUGGGAUAGAAAUAAUUAUUUUAACUGUUCUUCACGUGAAAUUGGCAGUCGUGAAGCCUGUGGUGUACCUUUUUCUUGUUGCAAACGGAAACCAAAUGAAAUUAUUAAGAACAAACAGUGUGGCUAUGACGUGCGAAAGCCUGGCUUUCCUGGAGAUCGUCACAUAUUUGAAAGGGGUUGUUUAAGAGCUGGGGAGGAAUGGAUAGAGGGGAAUUUAGUUCCCGUAGCAGGUGUAACUGUUGGAAUUAUGGUUCUCCAGAAUUUUGAUUCCACAAAAAUUAUUAACGACAAGGGGUGUUUAGAAGCAGCAGAAGAGUGGGUACAGCGCAACAUGAUUUCAUUAACAACAUGUGCAUUCUUUGUUCUUUUUGCACAAAUAUUAGGGAUUUGCUUUGCUCAGAAUCUGAGAGCAGAUAUUUUCGCUCAGAAAGCGAAAUGGCACUGACAAUCAAGAAUUCCCGUAGCUGUGUAGUAUAAUAUGGGAUAUUAUGCAGCAUGGGACACCAAUAUGUUAUUAUCGACUCGCAGUUUGAACCAAAAUGAUAUUGCAACUUGUAAUUAAUAAGUUAUUUAUAUGCUCGUUGAUUUAUUAUGUCCGCGCGAAUGUAAAUGUGUGUAUACAUUGAAUUGCAAAGUGAUUUUAACAGUUUUAAGAAAUAAUCAGCGAGAUUGAUUGGUUUGAUCUUUAAGUACUGUUUGUUAGAGCUGGCAUAUUUUUGUAAUUCGCUGUGCUAUUCAAUUAAUGUUCCAAUGUAUUGUAUCAAUUAUUGUUCAAAGUAAUAUAUAAGGACUUUUUUCUUAAUUAGUGAUGUGUGACUGAUUUAAUAAGUCAUUAUUUUGUAUAAAGGACAUAAUUGUACGAAAAUGCCCCCUAUAAGAGUGAGUAAUAAGUUUUAAAAGAAUUUUAUUGUUUUACUUUUUCUUGUACUUAUUGUAAUAAUUUAUAACAUUUAGAAUCACUUCAAUAGUUAAACACGAAUAGUUUGAUGAUUAAAUUAGGUCAUUUUUGAAAGUUUACUAUUUUAUUUGUACUUGUACUAUUAUUAUUGAUUUAUUUCGUUUUAUAGAAAAUACAUCGAUGGUACUGAGAAAAUACAAAAAUUUGCCAAUUGUGUUUAACUAUUGGAGUAAUUUUAAAUGUUAUAAAGUAUUAGUAUAAGUAUAAUGAACGAUAAAAAAAAAAUAAAAGUUACUUUUGAAAUACUUAUUAAACUCACUGUUUAUUUUUUCUCUAAAAAUAUUGCAUAUCCAAUUUUUUUAAACUAUGCUAGCUUCCUGUUUAACGCCCAAUUUGCGUAAUUAAUGUUUUAUUCAGUCAGCAAGAACGAAAUCAGAUACUACAUAAAUAUUCUAAUAAACAUUAAGUAUUAAUGACGACAUAAAAUUUAUUUUUCUAUUGUCUAAUUAUCAUCAAAACUAAUAUGACAAACAAAUAAACAUAUUUAUUGUUCACGUAAAUUUGUGUAGAUGAUAUAAUACAUUUAUUUGAUUUAUGUUUUUAGCUAUUUUUGUGAACAAACAAUAAUUUCUCAUACUUUUAGUUAAAUUAUUAAUUAUGCUUUGAUAAGGGAUGCAACUACUUAUCUUUCUUAGAUAUUCUCCAUUCUUCUUCCUAACUUUUCCGUACUAUUUAUUUCGAAAUUUUGCACUGUUAUUUUAAAAAAAUACGACAAAUUGUAAAUAUAAUAAUAAUUUUUUCUCUUUUUAAGUUAGUAACUUUUUUUGUAUAAAACAGGGAUUGAUUCUUGUAAACCUGUCAGGUCAAAAUAAUAUAAACUAUAAAUGUUAAAAAAAAACUAAAUUGUCAUACAUGUUAUUCGCUUUUAAUCGUACCUAUACAUUCCCCUAUUUAGUACAAUUUUGCCUAGAUUAAUGUAUUGUAUUUUAUUCUCUAAUAAUUUGUUUAACUCUUAGCCUAUUCCUGGUCAAAUUUUAUCAGCAUAUUGUAAAAUGCUAAAGAUUUAUUAAUUGUUUCAACGUUGUAAUGCUACUGUUGUUAAUUAAAAUUUGUGAUAAACUUUUACAUUUGUAAGUCUUGAUAUUAAUUGUAUUACAAUUUGUAACUACAUAAAGUGUAUCAGUAUUUAGUCCUAUGGUUGUGCAGCCCUGCUGCCAAUAAUUAUUGUACAAUUGAACAAUUUUGUAUUCUACAAAACAUGACAAGAAAUAUAUGGCGUUUACAUAUUAA